AAUGCAUCUUCAAGGUGCUCCCAAGUCACACCAAUGCCCGCAUCUUCUAGCCUCUUUUUGUACAGCAGUCCAUCAUCUCUUAGUACAUCGUAUUCACAGGUGACAGUUGGGAGAGGAAAAAGGACAGCAACCUAGUGGAGGGAGCUGCUAUACGAAGAAAGAGGGACCAACAGAGAAUAAACACUGGAGCAAAAUGGAAGAACAGGAAUGAAUCAUCUGCUUUUCAGCAUGUAAUCAGACAAAUAAGACAGCCAGAAAGAGAAAGGAGCCUUUGCCCCCUGCGAAGCAAAAGCUUCAGCUCUGAACCAAGCUAUCAACCUUAGUGGGAAAUGAAGACAAAGAAGAAACCACAUAAAUGCCUGGAAUGUGGAAAGAGUUUCAGCCAGAGUGGAGAACUUACUAUACAUCAUAGAACCCACACUGGGGAGAAACCAUAUAAAUGUGUGGUGUGUGGAAAGAGCUUCAGUCAGAGUGGACAUCUAUCUUUACACCACAGAAUGCACACUCUGGAGAAACCACAUAAAUGCUUGGAGUGUGGAAAGAGCUUCAGUCAGAGUGGACAUCUUACUAGACAUCGUAGAACCCACACUGGGGAGAAACCACAUACAUGCUUGGAUUGUGGAAAGAGCUUCAGCCAGAGUGGAGAUCUUAGUAGACAUCGUAGAACCCACACUGGGGAAAAACCACAUACAUGCUUCGAGUGUGGAAAGAGCUUCAGCAAGAAUGGAGACCUUAUUGUCCACCAUAGAACCCACACUGGGGAGAAACCAUAUAAAUGCUUGGAGUGUGGAAAAAGUUUCAACACGAGAGGAGAACUUAUUAUACACGGUAGAACCCACACUGGAGAAAAACCACAUAAAUGCCUGGAGUGUGGAAAGACUUUCAGCCAGAGAGGACAUCUUACUGUACACAUUAGAACCCACACUGGGGAGAAACCACAUACAUGCUUAGAGUGUGGAAACAGUUUCAGGUCAAGUGGAGCUCUUACUUCACACCAUAGAACCCACACUGGGGAGAAACUACAUAAAUGCUGAGAGUGUGGAAAGAGCUUCAGCACAAAUGGAGAACUCGUUAUACACCAUAGAAUCCACACUGGGGAGAAACCACAUACAUGCUUGGAGUGUGGAAAGAGCUUCCGUACGAGUGGACAUCUUAUUUUACAUUAUAGAGUCCACACUGGGGAGAAACCACAUACAUGUUUGGAUUGUGGAAAGACUCUCAGCCAGAGAGGUCAUCUUAUUUUACACCAUAGAAUCCACACAGGGGAUAAACCACAUGAAUGCCUACAGUGUGGAAAGAGCUUCAGCCGCAGUGGAGAUCUUACUAGACAUUGUAGAACUCACACUAGGUAGAAACCACAUAAACAGUGUCCUCUCUCUUUUUUCAUCUAUGUGUAGAAUGAGUUACGUUCUGGGUGGCAGUAUCAAGGCAGGGUGCGCAUUCAGAGUGGGGCCUUCCUGAUUCAACCUAAGUGGGAUCUAAAAUUAAUUGAGCACAUACAAAAAACCUUUGUGCACUUACACAUGCACACACCUUAGAGGGAACACUGCACAUAAGGAAGGAGCUUCAGCACAACUUGAUAAACUUACUAUACAUCACAGAACCCACACUGGGGAGAAACCACAUUAGUGCUUCGAAGAGCUUUUGCCGUAUUGAAGAACUUUUAAUAUAUAAUAGAAACCAUACUGGGGAAAAUCAUAUAAAAGUUUGACAUUUGGAACGGCUUCAGGAGGAAGGGGUACCUUACUGCUUAUGUGCAAACUCAUACACAAUAUAAACCAAGCACGUGAAACUGAGACAAGCCUAAUAAUCUUUCCUAUGUAUAUGAAAUAUAAAAUCUUGUAAGAUUUCUUCUUUUGCUCUGCGUUGCUUUUACCCUUGUUAGCAUCAUCUUGGGAACUGGUAAUACAGAUGUGUUUUUGUGUCUGUGUUAUAUAUAAAUUUGCAUAAUUGGUUCAAAUUGAUCAAUAUUAGUGUUUCACAGUCUAUGCAUUCUUUUCAUUGACUGUGGAUUCUUUGUGCGUCUCUGGAAUGUGGACUGGGUGAAAUAUCCUAAAUCUCCCUGUCCAAGCAGAGAUUUUUAUGCAAAGUUUAUCUCCUUCUCUUCUUUAGAGAAGCAUGUAAUAACCAAAUGAACAUGACGUGGGUGGUUCCCCCUGCUCUCAGUUAAGAGUUUCUUAUAGUCUUCAAGGUGCAAAAGGGAACCUUGUUUCUAACCUGGAGGACCUUAGCACAGCCCUACAAGAUGCCCAUGGGAUGUCAGAACCCCUCAGGGCCUUUCUCUCCAAGACCCACUCUUUGAAGGGACAUUCCAGAAAACAGACAACUCAAGACAUGUCCUCAGGGUUCUUCUAAGUCAAACAAUGUACAGCUUCUGAAAGUUGCACCAUCCUUGGGUCAUGAUGCUCUUCAUAGUACUGUUGCCUCAAACAGAAGCAACACAACUGCUUGGGACACAAUGAACAGCCUUCAAGCUGAAUGAUAAUGUGGAGAUAGAAGCUAUUGAUUGCGUUAUGCCUGAGACAAACCUUAUCCAUCGAAACUUUUACUCUGUAGGCCUUGGAGAUUCUGAUUUAAACAACACUGUUGUGCCUUCCCAACAUACUGGCCUGCUAAACUCAACUUCCUUGCAGGAGAACUUGACUGACUAACACCAGUCUCUGGUGUGCGCCCACAAUGGUGCUCUGGCAGUAUUUACCCCACUGUGUUCUCAGCCGCCGCCCUCUGACCUAUCUUUGAAUAUAAGCAAAGAACUUUCCCCGAUUCCCCAGGACCUCUCACAAUCUGAUUUGUAGGGGACUACUUUGGAUCUUAUAGAACAUAGAAGAUCUCCAACAGUCUCUACUGGUUGAUAUCCAGUAUAAUAUGGCUCUCUCAAGUUUCUUUCUUGGAACAUUGCCGGUUGGCGAAAUUACAGAUCCUGCUUUCAAUGAUUAUUUAGGACUAUUUGAUAUUGUUAUGUUGCACAAAACAUGGGUGCAUGGGAAAAUAUUGACUGAAGGCUCUGUUUUGGAGGAGGAGAGUGGGCUAGACGUAAGGAUGGAUUGGUCACUCUUAUUUCCAUGAAACUAUGGGCUAGUGUUAAGCAGCUUGAUCAACGUGGGCAUAUUGCCUCAACAUGUUUAGUCAAUCUCAGUCAUCAUGUUAUUUUGUCUAUUAACUACCUCCUCCCACAUACCAUACAAUCACAAGCCCAGGAACAUUGGCUAGCAUUAGAAUAAUAUACCUCUGAACUGUCACAGACCUUCCCCGAUGCCGCAAUAGUAGUGGCAGCAACUUCAAUGCUAGAAUUGGUCUUAAACAUGAGAUGCUAUAUGCACAUUUCAGUGGUGUCCCUCCUCUGUAUGAGGAAGUCCCUUACUAACAUGAGCCUCUAAGGACACUAAAGUUAACUGAUGGGGCCACCGUCUGAUGCAAUUUGUGUGUAUAUUAGAUCUUCACAUGCUGAAUGGAGCAAUAUGGAGUGAUCACCCCGCCAAAUUUACCUAUUGGUUUGGGUGUGGUGCUAGCUCCAUAGAUUAUGUUAUGGUUUCAUGUGACUGACUGAAUAAUGUGGCCUUUCUCUCAUUUGAUAAUGAUCAUUUGCCCUUAUUCUUGGAAUUAUAAUUAAAAGGACAAGGCAUGCAUACAAUGGACAAAUUUCUAGCAGCCCCAGAGGUAGACUCAGGCUACCAAAGAAUUAAGUGGUCCGUUAGACUGUUGAAAGCAGUAUCAAAUUUCUAUGCUUCAGAAAAAGCUCACCUUGGUUAUAGUAGAAUUGUAACUGUGGAAUCACCGGAAAUAGCUAUUCAGUCCUAUCAGGGGCUUUCAGUUUCAACUCACUUGUGAGAUGUCUUUGAAAGUGAAUUAUAUAUAGUAGCAGCCACUCAAUGUGAGGACAAUUAUAAAUUUUAGUUGUGGUUUGACCAGGAGUGCCGGAAGGCUAAUUUUAAAUAAUAUAGA